CAAUUUACUAGACCAUAAAAUUGUGUCGUUGACAAAUUUUCAAUUGCGUGCAAAUUGAAUUCGCCGUGAAUCUUCAGAUUGCUCGAAAUCGGCUGAUUAAAAAAUUAUAUCUUCACAUAAGUUUCAUUCCACAGCCACAUAAGCAUUUUAAUAAAAUUUGCAAAUUUUUAAUUCAAAAGAAAAGUUAGGUACCUACUACACCUGUUCAACGCGCGUACGUGUACUUUUUGAUCAAUAACAGAAAACAAAUUUUAAUCGAGCUUAGCGUUUUCCUUAGUGUUUUCUUCUUUUCACAUCUUAAAGCUACCUACAUUUUCUCACUCAGCCAAGCAUUUCGUAAUUGAUGUCUUGUAUUAUAGGGCUCGACUCUUCGCGUCUCGAAGUCUCUGCGUUUAUGAUUUCGGUUGGUUGGUCUGGCUUGGUUUAGCCUGGGUUUGGUUGAUGUGUUCGGUUCGGUGUUCCCAUAGCAGUUAUGGGAGUUGCAUUAAAAAACACUUUCUCCACAAAUCCACUUCUUCUUUGAUCAUUUCAUUUUGUGACCUUAACCAGAGCACAUCAUUGUCUAUCUUUGGAGUUUAAAUACUUUCAGUGUUAGUUGAAAAUUAAAUUUAAAAAAAACACCAUCCCGUCUAUAUUGAAAAGAUGAAACUUCAGAUGCGAACAAGGACCAAGAUAUUCAUAUUUAUUUUGCCAUUCACUGUUAUUGUUUUUUCUGAAGCCCAGCAGUGCUCGGGACGCCUUGAAAACGCACUCGAACAAAUGCGACGUCGAAGCAGCCAACCAAAAGCAAGGUCCUUCGACGAAACACCUUAUUCAGUGUAUCAAUCCAUUUACGGAAAUAACAAAGAAGAUUUCGAAUAUGAUGACGAAGGUGCUUCUAGAAGUAAACUAUUCGAUAGAUCGAGGAAGCACUUUCUUGAUGCUGAGUUUGACGCCAAAACAAAUCGGCAGCCACACAGUAUACCGGUUUCGAAAGUUGAUGUUGAGGAUUUGAAAGUUCGUUUGCCACAGAAAGCCGCCAGAUGGGUGGAGGUGGAUAAGUGUAGAUUUAGUACCGCCAACAGAACUCUGGACACGAGGCUUAUUUUCCCCGACUUGACUAUUAGCGGAAAAGUUGUUUUAUAUCCAACUGGCGGGAGGUGCAACAUGAUUCUCAGAUUGAGACACGCUGGCAUAGAAUUUCGGACUGUCCCUAUGGCCGGUUUGGAUGAGUCACGCAACAGUAGACCAGUAGCUUCAGUUCGAACAGACUCGCACUUUGCGGAACCAGGAUUUAUCUCAGUAUUUGCACACGGCUGCCAGGGUCCAACGGGAAUAAAACUGCGGCAGAACUCAAAGAGGCGAUUUGGCUUCGGAGACAAUGAUGGUCCUGCAUCUGAUUCAUAUCCCGAUUCAAAUACUCAACGGCGUUGGGGAAAGUUCUACAGUACAUAUAGACCGCCUUAUGAUCCCCGUGACGAACAGCCACUCUAUAGACGACGUUAUACUCGGCAAGCAUCAUCCGAAGGUCAUUUCGAGGAUUUAGUGCAGUUUGAAGAUGAUGUAUUCCACUUUAAUGACGACUUGAACGCACUUCAACCUGACGCCAGAGCCUUCGCGGACAUUUUCACCGAAAAUCUUAACAUGGAAAGAAGUAGCCCGUCAAAGUGGCUGAACGUUGCAGAUUUUGGGAGCACCACCAACACAAACACUGAUGACAGUAUUAACAAUGCCCUCACCAAGGAACUUGAACAACUCUUCUCGAUGGGAGUCAAAGGCUUGCUAACUAAAUACAUGCAAAGAGCUCUGCAGCCGGCAAUCAAGGAGACCCUAAUGGAAAACAUGGGAUACACGCUAAGCUAUGGUUAAUCCAAUGCCCCAAAAAUUAUUUGUUUUGCUUGUUUAACUCAUUUUUGAUUAUUGUGAUUUUAUUAAACUGUAUGUAACUUAAACGACUUAAAAAAUGUGUUUCUUACAAUUUUUGAUGUAUCUAUUGUAAGAUUGUGAUGAUGAUUGUGAUAAUCCUUUAAAUUGUCCAUUUUCUGUUGGGAAUUUGUUUAAAGAUGAAUCAAAGGUUUUUCAAAUUAGUGAAUUCACCCGCGAAUUUAUAUUUGAACUUCUGUUCACGAGCGCACGAAAUAAACUGAUGUAUCAAAUCCUGAGGGAUGCUCUGAUAAGAUUCCGUUCAUAACGCUUAACCAAUGUCCUUUAUUAAGAUUUCUAUGGGCGGAGUUCUACAAAGAUUUAUUGGUGGCAAUGUGCGCAGGAACGUUACCACCCACCAAUACUUGAUACUUGAUUUUUGAUAUGAAUAUUCGCCAUUGCUUUUUGAUUUUAUUCUGUACUUACAUAUAAGUUUUUAAAUCCUUUAUGUAAAAGAGAGUUUAAAUAUGUAAAAAUAUUCGUGGAUGGAUGAUUUUUUUGGAAUUGAUGAAAGAUGCAAAAUUUUUAUUUAAAUGUAUUGGCAAUAGUAGCUUUAAUUGGCUUUUGUUGCAAUAAAAAGAAGUCCUUAGUUAUGUUUAA